CUUGUACUAAAUGGAGGCAGUUUGUAAUGUCGUCUGGAAACUAACGUUAACUGUGACGAAUUGAAAACAUGCUAUUACUUUCAAUAUUUACCAGCUAGCUAGUUAGUUUGUGGAGAGCUGUCACUAUGGACUGUAGAGUUGACAGUGCUGAGGACGUGGAGGCUGAGAGAUCCUCGUCUCCAACUGGGAUACAGUCUCCUGUCAUGGACCGAAACCCGUCACCACCUCCAGACACAGCUGACGGAGAAGAGGACGGAGAUUUGGAUGCCAUUGGAGACACCGUUUACAGCAAACACUGGCUUUUCAGCACCUUGACUCGUCUCAUCCAUAUGGUCACAGAGCAUUUGGAGGUGGACUCUGAAGGUCAGAUGCAGCUCCCUGAUGAUGACGAGGAAAAUCUGUGUAGGGUUUGGGAUAUGGCAAUGGAUAAGGACGUGGCUGGUUUUCUGCAGGAAUUUAAAGCUACAGAUAUUCUUCUUGGAGUUAUAGCCAAAUCUCGUUGUCCACGUCUCACAGAAAUUUGUGUGGGAAUCCUUGGGAACAUUGCUUGUUUUCCUGACACUUGUCUGACUCUCAGCCAAAAUGAAGACUUGGGAGCUGUGCUGUUGCUUCUUCUUGGAGAUGCCGAUCCUCCGACCCUGCUGGAAACAAGCAGAUUGCUGCUGACCUGCGUCUCCCAGAAAGAUGUCUGUUCGCUUUGGCUUCAGCGAAUACGACAGCAGACAUCUGUGCGCUCCAACCUCUGUUUCAUCAUGUGCAGUUCUACCAACACUGACCUGCUUGAGAAGGUUGGAGAGCUGGUCGACAAACUGUUUGAUCUGGAUGAGGAGCUGAUGAAGAGCUGGAUCACAGCUCUGCCAAGCGAGGAGGGGGGUGAUGGUGAAAGCUGUCUGGAUGUGGCCUCAUGUCUUCUUGAGGCAGCCAAGCAGCUUAGAUCAGAGAGUCCAAAUGGCUUAGAGGUUUACAUUCAUUCUCUCCAACUCCUCACCACCAUAGAUGAGGGCAUUCAGACUUUUGCUGCCCCUGACGGACCCGGCAAAGCAGUGUGGGACUUUGUCUGUGACGUUGUGUGUCAGGACCUCUGCCAGCCAAAUGAUCUUCCAGUUGUUCUGCAAGAUCAGAAGAGCAUUUUGGUUCAGGCGUUUGCAGUGCUGCAGGCUCUUUAUAGAUGCCAGGACCAGUGGUGCAGCAGAAGUGAAACAAGUCUUCACCUGAUUGGGACCAUUUUGCGGGUGCUUCAGUACCAGAGUGAGGGAAAAGAUGAUGGUACCAGCAAAGGAGACACAGACGAUGAACAGCUCCAGACUCUAGCAGAGAUCACAACUGAGUUUCUAGCUGACAUCUGCAUUCAGAUUCCCAAGGACACCGUGGCAGAUUUGGUGAAGAAAGGUUACCUGACUGAGAAGACUUCUCUCACAGCUGCAAGCAGUUUAGUUUCCAACUUUAACACUUCAUUUCAGCACCUGCAGUCCAUGUUGUCAGAGACUGAUCCCCAAUUGGCAGACAUGGUGAGGAAACAGUUUCCUGUCUGAGGCGCCCAGCAGAUCAGUGUUCAGCACUCAUCCAGACACUCACCACUGCUUUUUAUAGUGGACUCUAUUUCCCCUCCAAAGAUCCUGCUUCAAGUCAUAUUUGGAUUUCCACAGGAAAGACUUAACGAGGAUGCCACACCAGCACGUGUGGUGGACAUUGUGAUCAUUUUUUUUUUUCAUAUGUUGAGCCACGUGUAAAAUUCAGUUGUGUUUCUGUUUGAUGUUUUUUUUUAUUGAAUGCUAUUUUUGUAUUAAAUAAUUGACAGGCUUUUAUUAAAAAGAACUUUC